GGACAUGGGGGUGGGGGCAGUUCUGCUGUUGAAGAGGGCCAGGCAUGGGGGCAGGGAAAAUUUUGAUGUCCACAUGCAAAGGGAGUUACUUCUGGAAGUGGGGCUGGGGUGCCAGAAAGAAGGGUUGGGGUCUCCUUGGCUCCCACAACUGCUAGGUACACUGCCUCCUGGAUUCAUGAUCAGCAGGGGAUUCCAAGUUUCCCUAGCCUGGGUCCUGACACCUGUCACAGUGUCAGCCAGGCUUACACCCUGGGGACGCAAUUCCUGACCCAGAGACUCUGGGGAGGAAGUGUAGGGGUGGUGGCAGGUGACUUCAGGUCUUCCUGGAUGUGGCACUGGGCUGGGAGAGCUGUAAGUCUGAGGGAACACAGAGGACAGGGACCUGGUUGCUCCAGUCCAGAUAGCAUGAGGUAGGUCAGGGUAUAGGGUGGGGGAUGCUGACGGUGGCACUUCCGUUGGUACCUUCCCUCUGCCCAGGAAUUUCACUCAACCUGCUCUUCCAGCUCCCUGGGGUAGUGCCUCUGGGUGAGGGUGACUGGGGGUUGGAGGCGGAGGCUGGGGCAGGCCAGCCCUGAGGUUGUGAGCCUGGACAGAGAUGGGGCUUGAAAACACACAGGGCAGGACCCCUGGCAUCCAUGGGCAACACUGCCCAGCUCUGCACUUCCUGGAUACCAGGACCUAGAAGGCCACCCUAGGAGGCAGCUGCUUCUCUGCCACCUCAGUGAUGACAGUCCUCUUAGUCAUCCGUAUUCUGGGAUGUCUGACUAGGUUGGAAUGUAGUCAUUAUGGCCCAGCCCAAGCCCCCACUGCUCUCAGAGGCUGAGCCAGGUCUUUCAAAGGGCUGAGUCCAGACUUCUGGACCCUGCUUGGGGUCCUCCUUUCUGAGAGGGGUUGGGGGUCAAGGUCAAGGCCCUUGCCACCCUCCCCUUGAAGAUCUAUUCCCUAGGUGAUCUUGCCACAUCCCUAGGGCCCCCAGACACCCAGGGGGCAGGCUGGCUGUCCACUGCUAACUGCCUAAGCAGUAGAGUCCUCAUACACCCAGUGGGCAGGACACCUAGGGCACCCUGUCUCCCCACCCCACCCCCCACAUACACAUAGAACACAAGCUAACACAUGCACACACCACACCUGUUCCUGGGCCCGCCCACUGGGGGCCUGCUUCUAGGUCAUGUCUAGGCACAGCCUCCCAGGAGGACCAGAGGCAGGUGCUCCAGGCUGUGCCUGGCUGAGCUGCCGGGGUCCACGGCAGCUAUGGCUGGGGGUGUGUGGGGCCGGGGCCGGGUGGCUCCCGUGGGAGGCCUCACCUUGACAGCUCUGGCUGAAGGGAUUCAGGGCAUCCAGGGACAGCCCCUGGGAUCCCCUUCUGAGGACCCUCAGCCUGAUCUUGCUGCAGAGCCUGGGUGUGCUGGUGCCACCCACACAGCAGGCAGUGUGCCCUGUUCCCCACCCAGUGCCCAGGAGCCAGCCCCUGAGGGACCCUCACAGGCUACCCAGAGCUCCUGGGAAGAUGGGGCCCUUGCAGACCUGGCCUUAUACACAGCUGGCUGCAUGGAAGAGGCCGGCUAUGCAGGCACCCAGGAGACAGCUCUCACCCUCUCCUCAGCCCUGGAAGCCCAAGGGGAGAGGCUGGAGAAUCAGGUGCAAGCCCUGGUGUGCGGGCUUCUGUCACAGGUGCCCAGCCUGGCAGAGGGCAGGCCCCGGCGGGCAGCCCUGCGGGUGCUGAGUGCACUAGCCCUGGACCACGCACGGGAUGUGGUGUGUGCGCUGCUGCCCUGCUCACUGCCCCCUGACCGCCCAGCACUGACCUUGCCACUUGCCCAUACCUCCAGGACGGCAGCUGAGCUGUGGCGCAGCCUGAGCCGGAACCAGCGUGUGAACGGGCAGGUGCUGGUGCAGCUGCUGUGGGCACUAAAGGGGGCUGCUGGGCUCCAGCUGGAUGCGCUGGCGGCCACACAUGCCCUCGGAGAGAUGCUGACGGUCUCCGGCUGUGUAGGUGCUACGAGGGGCUUUUACCCGCACCUCCUACUUGUGCUGGUCACACAGCUGCACAAGCUCGCCCAGGGCCCACGCACCCCUGACAGUCCCAAGGUUUGGGGCCCAUCCCACCGAGGACCACCACACAGCCAUGCCAGCUGUGCGGUGGAGGCCUUGAAGGCCCUGCUUACGGGGGAUGGCAGCCGCAUGGUGGUCACGUGCAUGGAGCAGGCAGGAGGCUGGAGGAGGCUGGUGGGAGCCCACACACAUCUGGAGGGCGUCCUGCUGCUGGCCAGUGCCAUGGUGGCACACGCUGACCACCACCUGAGAGGCCUCUUCGCAGACCUACUUCCGCGGCUGCGCAGCCCAGACUAUGCGCAGCGCCUCACGGCCAUGGCCUUUUUCACGGGGCUGUUGCAGAGCCGACCCACAGCGCGGCUGCUACGGGAGGAGGCCAUCCUGGAGCGGCUCCGCGCCUGGCAGGGCGACCCCGAGCCCACCGUGCGCUGGCUGGGCCUGCUGGGCCUUGGCCACUUGGCACUGAACCGAGGAAAGGUGCGGCACGUGGGCACGCUAUUGCCCGCGCUCCUGGGCGCGCUGGGUGAGGGCGACACGCGCCUCGUGGGAGCCGCGCUGGGCGCGCUGCGGAGGCUCCUGCUGCGGCCUCGGGCUCCGGUGAGGUUGCUGAGCUCUGAGCUGCGGCCGCGCCUGCCACCGCUGCUGGACGACGCCCGGGACUCAGUCCGAGCGUCAGCCGUAGGGCUGCUGGGGACGCUGGUGCGGCGGGGCCGGGGCGGGCUCCGGCUGGGGCUCCGAGGCCCCCUGCGCAAACUGGUGCUGCAGAGUCUGGUGCCGCUGCUCUUGCGCCUGCACGACUCUAGCCGAGAUGCAGCUGAGAGCUCAGAAUGGACCCUGGCCCGCUGUGACCAGGCAUUGCGUUGGGGUCUGCUGGAGGAGAUGGUCACCGUUGCCCACUACGACAGCCCAGAGGCCCUCAGCCGCGUCUGCCAUCGCCUGGUUUCCCAGGGGACCCCAGCCCCUGUACACCUUCUGCAGCCACUACUCUUGCCACAAGCCCUUCUGUCUCAGGUCCAGCAGUACCCAAGCUGUGUGCCCACCUUUCUGAGCCAGACCCAGGGCUAUCUACGGAGCCCACAGGGGCCCCUGCGCCGGGCAGCUGCUGUGCUCAUAGGCUUCCUCGCCCAUCACACCAGCCCCAGCUGUGUCAGCCAGGACCUGCUGGACUCCCUGAUGCAGGACCUGGGGCAGCUACAGAGUGACCCUGAACCAGCUGUGGUGUCUGCUGCACAUGUGUCUGCCCAGCAGGUAGCUCUGCUGGCCCGAACCCUGGAGCCACCCCACACCUCCCGUCUCCUGAGCCUGCACCUCCUGGCCCGCCUGGCCCGCCUAGGCACCCUGACCCAUCAGGGCCACAGUGCCAGCCCUGCUCGGCCCCUACCCGUCUACACAGACAGCCCUUUCCAGCGCCGGAGCCUUGCAGACCGUUGGGGCUGUUUGGGAGCCAGCUGAGCUUCACCCCAGGCUGGAGGUUCUGGCCAGCUCUAAUCUGCAGAAGGGAGGCACUCUUGGCCUGGUGCUUGGUGCUGGUGGCUGUCUCCUGGAGCAACCCCAAGGCCUGCUGUGCACACUGCCCUUCCCCAAGUACUCACAGCCACCGCAGCCAUGGGAACCAAAGGGGCCUGUGUCCAGCUCCAUUUCACACUCAUCUCCUCUCUCCUGCACCCAUGGGCUCAUCUGUUACUCCUAUGGCUUGUUACUCCUAUGGGCAAGCCCCUUGGAGUGCACUCUGCCUUGCUUCAGUGCCAAGGUCUGUGGGGAACCUGGAGCUGGCACAACCUGAUAGCUGGAGCCUGCACCCCUACAUCAGUGCCUUCUUGAGAAGAUCAUCUGACUUUCCCACCCAGGGUCCCACCUAUGAGUUCAGGUGUGGGUAAUAGCUCCAGCAAGCAGGCCAGGUCCUGGGCCAUCCCCAUGCUACACAGGGGACUGGGUGAGGAAGAUGUGUGGAGACACAGGGAAGGGAAGCCUCUGGAGCUAUGUUCCUUAGGAGCCCUGACCUAGGGACCCCCAUAUGGAAUGACCACCUUGAAACAUCCUCACCUUCCCCUCGCCAUUCCUCAUGAAACCACCACCUUAGAGGGGUCUCAGUGCCCACAGCCUCUUGGAGGACAGGCAUCAGUCCCCUUGGACAGAGGGCCCCUCAGGGGAGCAUGGUGUCUUACCUACCACCUGUGACUGUGCUUCAAAUAAAAGCACAGGGUACAAGAGACUGGAAGUUUAGCUUACCCAGUAGAAUGCACAUUUUCGGGGGUCGGGCGGUAGCACAGUGGGUUAAGCGCACGUGGCGCAAAGUGCAAGGACCGGAGUUAGGAACCCAGUUCGAGCCCCUGGCUCCCCACCUGCAGGGGAGUCACUUCACAGGUGGUGAAGCAGGUCUGCAGGUGUCUAUCUUUUUCUCCACCUCUCUGUCUUCCCCUCUUGUCACCAUUUCUCUCUGUUCUAUCCAACAAUGAACAACAACAACAACAAUAAUAACCACAAGGCUACAACAACAAGGGCAACAAAAGGGGGAAAAUGGCCUCCAGGAGCAUAGUGCAGGCACUGAGCCCCAGCAAUAACCCUGGAGGCAAAAAAAGAAAGAAAGAAAAAGAAUGCACACUUUGCUGUGCAUAGGGACCCAGGUUUGAGUCCCUGGUCAUCACAUGGGAGCACCUGUGUGUGGGAAGCUUCCCAAGUAGUGGAGCAGUGCUGUGGUGUCUUUCCUCUCUCUCUCUCUCUAAAUACAACAACUACAAAAACAGACAAAUAAACAGAAGUCCACUGGGAGCUGCAGAAUUGUGCAGGCACGAAGCCCCAGCAAUAACUUUGAUGGCUAAAAAAUAAAAAUAAUGAACACAUA